UCUCACGGCUAGCACUCAGCUAGGAAACGUGUUUCUUUGGAGUUUUUCAGGGAGAACUUUUAAACGCUUCAUGCUGAGGGGAGAUUAUUGCAGAGUUAAAUGGGGAAGAUAUUUGCCCGGCCCUCGGCUUUACCGCGAAGCCGCUGGUGAUAAUGGUCUCGACUUCGUUGGAUCCAGUUUCCUUUUCGUCCCAGCUCAGCCGGAGUUGAGAGAACUGGAUGUGUUAGGCCUUCUGGCACGAGCGUCUCGGGGGAUCAUCUUCAGAGGAUCUUCAGUGUUUUUAGCAUGGCGGAGAUCUGUUUUCUUUCUGCCCUGCUGAAGUUCCUUGGCCUAAACAAAUGAAUAUUUUUAUGAGGCACCUCAGUACAGAGAUGGGCCAGGACCAAACCAAGCAACAGAUAGAGAAAGGACUGAGGUUGUACCAGUCCAAUCAGACUGACAAAGCUCUGCACGUGUGGACAAAGGUUUUGGAGAAAACCUCAGAUCCGGGAGGGAAGUUUCGGGUUUUGGGAUGCUUGAUCACAGCUCACUCGGAAAUGGGAAAAUAUAAAGAUAUGCUCAAGUACGCCUUGGAUCAAAUCGACACAGCCAGAGAAAUGGAGGACCCGGAUUACCUGACCGAGGGUUACCUGAACUUGGCGCGCAGCAACGAGAAGCUGUGCGACUUCCACAAAACGGUCUCGUACUGUAAGACCUGCUUAAACAUGCAGGGCACCACGGUCAGCCUGCAGCUCAAUGGUCAGGUAUGUCUCAGCAUGGGCAAUGCGUUCCUGGGCCUCAGCCUCUUCCAGCAAGCUCUGGAGAGCUACGAGAAGGCCCUGCGCUACGCACACAACAACGACGACAAGAUGCUGGAGUGCAGAGUCUGCUGCAGCCUGGGAAACAUUUAUAUCCAUCUGAAGGACUACGAAAAAGCCCUGUUCUUCCCCUGCAAAGCAGCCGAACUUGUCAACGACUACGGCAAAGGUUGGAGCCUCAAGUAUCGAGCUAUGAGCCAGUACCACAUGUCGGUGGCCUACAGGAAACUGGAGCGUCUGCCGGACGCCAUGGAGUGCUGUGAGGAAUCAAUGAAAAUUGCUCUGCAGCACGGUGACCGUCCUCUGCAGGCUCUGUGCUUGCUGAACUUUGCAGACAUACACCGCUAUAGACGUGACUUUGAUAAAGCAUUCCCUCGUUACGAGUCGGCAUUGGGUAUCAUGACUGAGGUUGGGAAUCGACUUGGACAAGCCCACGUGCACCUGGCAGUAGCAAAGUGUUGGCUUCUGAUGAAGGAAUAUGUUAAGGCUCUGGAUUCCUUAGAGCGAGCACAGGCCCUGGCAGAUGGAAUGGGAAACAAGGUUCGAGAUGUUCUUCAGACAUAUGGUAAAACCAUCCACAGUGGUCUACAUGUUCCACUGAUGACCUUGUUGUGUUUGUGGACAAAGCUGUGCACAAUGAAGGUCCAUUGUCUGAGGGAAGGCAUCUACAGGAGUCAGGGCAGACAGGAAGAGCUGCGUGAGCAGGUGGUGAAGUUCCUGCAGUGCGUGGAGGAGUUGGAGCUCUACUGCGGCAUGUGUGGGGAGUCCAUCGGGGACAGGGACCAAAAGCUGCAGGCCUUGCCCUGUUCCCACAUUUUCCACCUCAAGUGUUUGCAGACAAAUGGGACAAAAGGCUGUCCCAAGUGUUUCAAAAACUCCAUGAAGCCAGGGUUCGUGUGAUUCGGCCACGUUUACACGGGGGUGAUCUCUAAACAGAGCAUUAAUGCCUCACAUGCUGCCGAACGGUCUUAAGAGAAGCAGGCAGCCUCGGGGAAGAGAUGAUCAUUGACGAGGGUCUAACUCAUGGUCCUCUACUGAGGGAUGCUGAACGGAAGAGGGCCUCGCAUUCUGAGGACUCAGUCAUCUCUGCUGACAUCAGUUUGGAAUUGACUGAAGAGGACGAUGGAGGUCAAGCUGCCACUUGCCACCUUUCAAUACAGGCUGGAGUAUUUGGCAUUUGGUUGCAGAGUGUGAGGAAGUAGCGAAGAAUGUGCACACAUAACUGAACUCAUGCCAGUCUUUGCAUUGGUAGUGUACAAGAAAGAUGAGGAUUUCUUGCUCUUAUUUACACUUUACGCAUAUUGUUUUUACGUCCACUUCUGAAUUCAACUCAUGACUUUUUUUUAAAUUCUUGUACAUCCUGUAAUGUAAAAGUUUUGAGUUGGGGAGGUGUUUUGAAAAACAGAACGAGACUCAUGUCUUCAUAAAACGUACACGCAGCUGUUUUCUCAUUCACUGAGAUUAAGGAACCGUAUCAACGCACAUUGUGUUCUUCAUUGAAAUUCCUUCUUCUGUCCACAUCUGACAUCAGUAGUGAAGGACAGAUGGCUUAACAGGAAAACUGGUGGUUGCUUAAAUGUAGCCUUUCGUAAAUA